UCCCAAAGUCCUUGUAUGCACCAACUGACAUCUGGCUCUUACAACUGCGCUCCAACCCUGUGUCCCUCUGGGAGCUCCUCAGAACCAGUCUGUCCCCUGGGGUCUGCUCAGCCUUUCCGCAAGGCCCAGCGCUGGCGCAGUGAGAACUUUGAGCGGCCUGUGGACCUGGAGGGCUCCGGGGAUGAUGACUCCUUUCCUGAGGAUGAACUGGAUGACCUAUACUCAGGGUCAGGCUCCGGCUACUUCGAGCAGGAGUCGGGCAUUGAGACGGCCAUGCGGUUCAGCCCCGAGGUAGCCCUGGCCGUGUCCACCACACCCGCAGUGCUGCCAACUACGGACAUCCAGCCUGUAGGCACCCCAUUUGAGGAGCUCCCCUCCGAGCGUCCUACCCCAGAGCCUGUCACCAGUCCCCCGGUGGUGACAGAGAUUCCAGAAGAGCCCAGCCAGAGAGCCACCACCGUCUCCACCACCAUGGCAACCACCACUGCCACCAUGGGGGCCCCAACCAUGGCCACGGCACCUGCCACCGUGGCCACUGCUGCUCCCAGCACCCCUGCAGAAUCCCCUUCCACGGCUACCACUGCUGUUAUAAGGACCACUGGCGCACGGAGGCUUCUGCCUCUUCCACUGACCACGGCCGCCACAGCCCAGGCCACCACCCCUGCAGCCCCCUCAACCCCCACCACUGUGGCCGUCUUGGACACGGAGGCCUCAACACCCAGGCUGGUCAGCACAGCUACCUCCCGGCCGAGGACCCUUCCCAGACCAGCUACCACCCAGGAGCCCGAUGUCCCUGAGAGGAGCACCUUGCCCCUGGGGACCACGGCCCCUGGACCCACAGAGGUGGCUCAGACCCCGACUCCAGAGUCCCAUCUGACCACAGUCCGGGAUGAGCCGGAGGUGCCAGUGAGUGGGGGGCCCAGCGGGGACUUCGAGCUGCCGGAGGAGGAGACCACACAGCCAGACACAGCCAAUGAGGUGGUGGCUGUGGGAGGGGCUGCAGCCAAGCCGUCACCUCCACCUGGAACACUGCCCAAAGGCGCCCAUCCAGGCCCUGGCCUCCUGGACAAUGCCAUUGACUCCGGCAGCUCAGCUGCUCAGCUGCCCCAGAAGAGCAUCCUGGAGCGGAAGGAGGUGCUCGUAGCUGUGAUUGUGGGUGGGGUGGUAGGCGCCCUCUUUGCCGCCUUCCUGGUCACACUGCUCGUCUACCGAAUGAAGAAGAAGGAUGAAGGCAGCUACACACUGGAGGAGCCCAAGCAGGCGAGUGUCACAUACCAGAAGCCUGACAAGCAGGAAGAGUUCUAUGCCUAGUGGAGCCUCUGUGCCUCCCUGCAGCCUCAGCCGCCCUCACCCAGUCCCAGCCCAGCCUCACUGGCCCAGGCCCGGGACUGGGCCUGGCCCGGUUCUUCUCUGCCCUCCCUCCCACAGCCUGCCCAGGUGGCCAGCCUCACACAUUGCCCCCUGAGGAGCAGGGAGUACUGCCGUCUGCCCCAGACUGUGCCCUUAAGAGCUCAUCUCUUGUCUCCCACUAGCCUGGGGCUUUGGGACCUUACAUCAGUGAAAAGGAGGAAGGAAGCUCCUGAGUGGCUGGUGGGAGAAGGGGAAGGGAUGGAGCCUCAGAUGGGCUGAGUCUCUGUGAAAUCCCAAAGGGCUGGCUCAGUCUCCUUUCUGGGUCAGAGAGGCUGCAGGCUGGCUUCUGGGACCAACACAUGGCAGACUCAGCCCUUGAAAUCAUCUAGACGAUGAAGCCUCAUUUCCUGUCACAGGGCCUCUCUUUGCCUGGGUGAGGAGGUGUCCUUUGUCACCAGCCUGUUUUGUCCUGGCCUCCUGGGGGUUGUGGGACCAUUCUUCCCUCUCCCACAUGUGCCCCAGGCUUUUUUCUCCCUUCCCCCAACGACAUGGCUUCUGGAGAGUACAGGGGCAGCCACCAGCGAGGAUGGCCACCUGAUGUACCUCCUGUGAGCGGGGUCUACACUGACACAACUCACUCUGUUAUAUGUGUUGUCGCUUGGUCACAUACAAGACAAAACAGAACAAUGACAAAAGCAUAUCCAGUGCUGACCACCUAGCCCAUUCAGACAUGCCACAAACAUGUCUUCCAGAGAUGUGUGUCCUCACGCAUUGCUUAACCAACUCUCCAGACACCUCUGUGACGCAAGUCACUAGUCACGGUCACCUGAAUGGUGACGGUGUGGUCUGCUUCUCUGUGCCCCGCCCCUGCCAUUGACGCACACUGCCAUCACACACGUCAUAUCGAGCUCUCUCAGGCUCACUGGAGCAGGCAGAAUUAUGUUGGAACAGUCAGCCCAUAUUGGGUCUUGGUUGCCCUGUUAACACUCGGUCCCACAUCAAGGUGCCCACCCCAGUCACAUUACUACUCAUCCCAGCCUCGGUCAGACGUGGCCCCACGUGGAUGCAAGUUAGUCCACGCAACCCUGCGCGCACUGGGGGAAGACCGGUGGACACUUGCCUUUCCUGAAGUAAAGUGUGGUGUAGGAGGACAUUGCCACCGGCCCUCCCAGGGCUUUGCACACCUGAAGGCCUGGCCUCAACCCUGACUGCUUCCCUUCCCUCUGUGCCCACAAAGGGAGGUGUUCAGGGCCAGCCCCACCCACUGAGAGCACUGGGAUUUCUCCAAGGCUGGAGCAAAACGGGGUUGGGCGCUGAAAUUUGGCCCCAGGCUGUGGAGGGUGCUUGGGUCUCCCUGGACCAAAGGCCCUGGGCGGGGAGGGGAGUGGUCUGACUCCUGUCUCCUGCAUCCUUUUCCUGCUCUGAGUCAGGGGGCUGAUCCUGCCUCCCAGGACACAAGUUUCCAAAGUGCCUGUGAGGGCUGGCCCUCCGCCCGGGCCCUCUGCAUCCUCAGCCCUCACCCACCCCGGGGCCUCCCCGUGGAUGCCUGCCCACCCAUUUGACCAAACAAGUCUGCAGUUCUGGCUGCUGCUGCAUGGGCCCACUGCUGGAAGCAGCCCAUCCAGAUGCCCCAGGCCUCAAGGGCAGAUACUUGAGGGACUAGAACAGGUGAGAGCUGGGGGAUUGUGUCACAGGCCACAAGCCUGCCUUCCUCUUCUUUGUUAUCCUUGAAAGUGGGGCCAUUUUAUAGGUAUUUUAAAUGAGGGGUCACCAGUCUCCUUUGGGGGCGUGGCUUGGAGGGGGCUCUGGGAACCAAGGGGACAUGGUGUAAACUGUGACUGGUUGGCCCUCCCACCCCCACCUAUUACCCAUAGCCCAGAUCCAUGUCAGGAGCCCACCCCAGUUUUAGUUCUGUUCCCUUUUGAAGAUUCCCUGGCAGUGGAGCUCUGCAGGGGAGAGGUGGGGUGCUGAAGCAGCAAGGGCCAGGCUCCAGGGGUCCCUCUUCGAGACCUUGAGGCCCGCCUCAGUAGGGCCCAGAGUUGUGUGAGGAACCAGCUUGCUGGAGCCUUUGAGGAGAGGCUGGUGGGGAGGAAGCCUGGGCCCACAGGCCUGGAGCGGGAGGCUGUGCAUACCCAGCCUCCCCCUCCACGGGUCCCUGGUGGGCUGCUGUCUCAGGGACGGCAGCUCUGGUGAGGCCUGGGCAGGCCAAGGCUGAGAAACCGGGGAGUGUGAAGGAGGCAGUGUUGGGCACCCAGGCCUCAGGGACAUUGGUACUGGGGCAGGGGACCGGCAGUGGGCACAACUUCCAUGUUCGGCUGGAGGCCAACAUGAGGAGGCCUUGGCUGGCCUGGCUUCUUGUAGCUCAGGCACUGACUUUGGCCUUGGGGCUAUGGACUUGAUCUCCCAGCACCAGCCUCUCUUCCGUGUCCCUAGUCCUUGAGGAGGGUCUAGACCUAGGCUGAGGGCCUUGUGCUUGGAGCCCUGGGACCCUCGGCCAAGGUCCAGGUUUUAUCUUCAUGAAGUUUAAUGGUCUGCCCAGGUCAGGUCCUUCAGGCCAGUCGUGGGUGGGGCGGGGAGCAGGGCAAUCAAAGAGCCCAGCCAAGGGCGAGCUGGAGCUCUCUACAGUGCAAUGGGGGUGUGGGGCGCUCCCCCCACCCCAGGUACGGUGUGAAAUGUGUAGGGCUAGCCAGGUGGGCCCGCAGACACUCCAGUGCUCCUGGGAGGGUGUCUCGCAGACCCUGGCAUUUCCUGGGAGCACAGCACAUUCCAAACCAGAGGGGAGCCUGUUUGUCUUGAGAUCUGUCCUGGGCUUUGCCCACUGGAGGGCAAGGAGGCUGAACUGAGCUGGGGGCGGGACUGAGCCCUGGCUGUGCUUACUAGAGCCCAGAUUCGGUCUCUCCCGGUGGCCAGAGCCGAUGGGACUUCCCCUGAAAGGCAGGUCCCCUUGGUCACUGGAAGGAUGUGGCAGCAAAUGGGGUUGGGCAGGCCUGUGGCAGGGGCCUUGGGAGCCGAGGCUAGACCCUUGGGGUUGGCACAGCCACCUAUCAGGCCAGGCUGGGAGCAGAGCCAACUUGGCCUCCCAAGCAGGAGUGGCCUUCUUGGCUGUCCUGGCUUUCCUCCGAGAGCCGCAACCUUGGACUUGCCUCCCCGUGCCUCUAGUCUGUAAAUAGAAGCCCACAAACUGUACAGAUUUAGAGAGGCCGAGACUGGGCCCGGGAGUCACCAUCUGAGGGCUGAAGGCCCAACAUCCCCCAGGUGCCCGCCUGGCCCCAGCGUGACGAAUGCAUGUAAAUAUUUCUCGUAGGCAGCGUGGCUCCAGAGAGCCCCCUAAAGACAGUGUUCCCCCCUGGUGAGUCCUUUCCUCUGUACAGAGCCCUCCCAGCCCCCGGCCGGUGGUGGGUAGGAGUUUAUCCUUCCCCCUCCCUGGCCUUCCCCGCUCUCUUUCUCCCCCAUGACCUCUUUAUUAACCACCCCGUCCUGAGUUCAUGGCCAAAACUUUUAAUAAGGAGCAGUGGAGGAAAGACAGUGGACACGGUGACCAAGGCACUGCCCCUCCGUGGGUGUGUGCCUGGCCCAGCCUGGGGAAGAAACUGGUUUUGUUUUGUUUUUUGUUUGAUUUUUGUUUUUAACAUUUCCCGUGCUGU